UGCAUCGUGUGGAACCGGCAGCAGACGUGGUUGUGCGUGGUGCCUCUGUUCAUCGGCUUCAUCGGCCUGGGGCUCAGCCUCAUGCUUCUCAAAUGGAUCGUGGUGGGCUCCGUCAAGGAAUACGUGCCCACCGACCUGGUGGACUCCAAGGGGAUGGGCCAGGACCCUUUCUUCCUCUCCAAGCCCAGUUCCUUUCCCAAGGCCAUGGAGACCACCACCACGACCACUUCCACCACGUCUCCUGCUACCCCAUCGGCCGGCGGUGCCGCCUCUUCCAGGACGCCCAACCGGAUUAGCACCCGCCUGACCACCAUCACGCGGGCCCCCACUCGAUUUCCUGGGCAUCGGGUGCCCAUCCGGGCCAGCCCGCGCUCAACCACCGCACGGAACACUGCGGCCCCCUCGACGGUCCUAUCCACCACAGCCCCUUUCUUCAGUAGCAGCACGCCAGGCUCCCGACCCCCAGUGCCGGGAACUCCCAGUACCGAGGCAAUGCCCUCCUGGCCCACUGCGGCAUAUGCUACCUCCUCCUACCUUCAUGAUUCUACUCCUUCGUGGACCCUGUCUCCCUUUCAGGAUGCUUCCUCCUCUGCUUCCUCCUACUCUUCCUCUUCCUCUACCACCACCACUCCAGAAACUAGCACCAGCCCCAAAUUUCAUACCACAACAUAUUCCACGGAGAGAUCUGAGCACUUCAAACCCUGCCGAGACAAGGACCUGGCAUACUGUCUCAAUGACGGCGAGUGCUUUGUGAUCGAAACCCUGACUGGCUCCCAUAAACACUGUCGGUGUAAAGAAGGCUACCAAGGCGUCCGUUGUGAUCAAUUUCUGCCGAAAACUGACUCCAUCUUAUCAGAUCCAACAGACCACUUGGGGAUUGAAUUCAUGGAGAGUGAAGAAGUGUAUCAAAGGCAGGUGCUGUCAAUUUCAUGUAUCAUCUUUGGAAUUGUCAUCGUGGGCAUGUUCUGUGCAGCGUUCUACUUCAAAAGCAAGAAACAAGCUAAACAAAUCCAAGAGCAGCUGAAAGAGCCACAAAAUGGUAAAAACUACAGUCUUAAAUCAUCCAGUGCAAUGGCAAAGUCAGAGAGCUUGAUGAAGAAUCAUGUCCAUCUGCAGAAUUAUUCAAGGGCGGAAAGGCAUCCUGUGACUGCAUUGGAGAAAAUGAUGGAGUCAAGUUUUGCUGGCCCCCAGUCAUUCCCAGAGGUCCCUUCUCCUGACAGAGGAAGCCAGUCUGUCAAACACCACAGCAGGAGUCUCUCCUCUUGCUGCAGCCCAGGGCAGAGGAGUGGUAUGCUCCACAGAAAUGCCUUCAGAAGGACACCCCCCUCACCUCGAAGUAGGCUGGGUGGAAUUGUGGGACCAGCAUAUCAGCAACUUGAAGAAUCAAGGAUCCCAGACCAGGAUACAUUACCUUGCCAAGGGAUAGAGGUCAGGAAGACUAUAUCCCACCUGCCUAUACAGCUGUGGUGUGUUGAAAGAUCCCUGGACUUAAAGUAUGCAUCCAAUGGUUUAAAAACCCAACAAAAUGCAUCAAUAAAUAUGCAACUGCCUUCAAGAGAGACAAACUCCUAUUUUAAUAGCUUGGAUCAAAAGGACCUAGUGGGAUAUUCAUCCACAAGGGCCAGUUCCGUGCCCAUCAUCCCUUCAGUGGGUCUAGAGGAAACCUGCAUGCAAAUGCCAGGGAUUUCUGAAGUCAAAAGCAUCAAAUGGUGCAAAAACUCCUACUCUGCUGAUAUUGUCAAUGUGAGUAUUCCAGUCAGCGAUUGUCUUAUAGCAGAACAACAAGAAGUGAAAAUAUUGCUAGAAACUGUCCAGGAACAGAUCCGAAUUCUGACUGAUGCCAGGCGGUCGGAAGACUAUGAACUGGCCAGCGUAGAAACUGAGGACAGUGCAAGUGAAAACACGGCCUUUCUCCCCCUGAGUCCCACGGCCAAAUCAGAACGAGAGGCACAAUUUGUCUUAAGAAAUGAAAUACAAAGAGACUCUGCAUUGACCAAGUGACUUGAGAUGGAGGAAUCUGUGCGUUCUAUGCUUUGCUCAACAGGAAAGAGAGGAAAUUAAAUACAAAUUAUUUAUAUGCAUUAAUUUAAGAGCAUCUACUUAGAAGAAACCAAAUAGUCUAUCGCCCUCAUAUCAUAGUGUUUUUUAACAAAAUAUUUUUUUAAAGGGAAAGAAACGUUUCAGGAGGGAUAAAGCUUACAACUAAAGCUUUUCGGUAGAAUUCUGAAUACAAUUUCAGUUAGUCCCAACAUCAGCCUCUUUGGCUCUUAGAAAAUGUGGGCGAUUCAGAUCCUCAGCCCCACGGUACCAGUGUCCUCAUUAAAAAAAAGCACUGGUGGUUCCCCAGUUUCCAAGAGACGAGCUGUACCUUAAGGGUUAUGUCAGUGAAGAGAUGACCCUUGCCAUUUGGCUUGCCAGUCCCAACCCCAAAUUUCUAUUCACCUGACAGCCUCAUCACAGGUUGUGUCAUGUCAACAAAUGUAGUGUUUUCUAUUUAAUUUUUGAAGAAUGGCACAAAGAUGCUGGAAGGAGGAAGAUUAUAGGAGGUAGAGGAGGUGUGGGAGGCAACCUUAGCUACUCUCAUGUGCCAUCUUCCUCUGAAAUUUGAAGGCACAGAAUCUCAGAGGGAGGAAUGGAAUUCUUACAGAAAAAAAAAGACAAAAAAAAAAAAUCACCAUGUGUGUCACUAGAAUCAUACUAAUAGAAAUGUUUUCCUUUGAGGUUGUUUAGGGCUCUGACAGAGCACUUCUCAGUGGGUGCGUGCCUGUGUGCAUAUGUGUGUGCAAGGGUGAGUGUAUGGGCUUGCUUGCCGAGCAUUGGUAAACUGUAUGCACAUGUGUUCAUCGUGCGCGUGUGUGUGCAUGUGUGUGUGUAUAAAGCUUGCUAAAAUUUGUUCUGAAACAUCAGGGAAUCUAAUAUUCAGAAAAAAAAAAAUUUCCCUCUUAGACCUGUUCACUUUAAAGUUUUCCAUUAAGUAUAAAGUUCAGUUAAUAAGAUCUAAACUCAAGGUCACUUGCAUGGUGGGGUUCUAUAAUUCUUGACAAUGUCUAGAUCACUUUCAGAUGUGAAUACUUUUGAGAGGAACAACUAUUGGCUCAUUAAUAAUGUCAGUAUCACAAGGCAAGUUGAGGUUGUGUGUUUAUUUUGAAUCAUGCAAACUUAAAUUACUUAGACAAGCCAAUUAACAAAUCGACAACUACCUUUUGUUUUCCCAUCAUCCCAUUAUUAUUUAUUUUAUAGCAAGUCUACUAUGUGUGGACCAAGAUAUUGGCUUCUGUGGUUGAUAUGGAAAGAAUAAAUUGUUGAAAUCAUACAGUCCAGAUAUUCAGUUCACAAGAAGCCCCCAAGAGAACAGUAAUUGUGUUGUAUGUUCAUUUGGAAUAAAGCAAUAUUUUUACCACUGCUAAGGUGAACUGAAACUACUCCUGAAGAUUUGUCUGUUUUAUUUACUUUCAUGGGGCAUUCAAGGAAAUUAGUGUUCACAUAAUCAGUCUUUUUCCAAUUAUUGGUGGUGUUGAGUUGUUAUGUUUACACUGUUUUAAAUAAAAAGGCACAGUAUUUGAAAGCAUAUAAAAGAUUUCUUUUACUACAAUUUGGGAAAGGCUUGGUUAAAAUUUCAUGUGAAGAUGCACUUUUUAAUGAAAUGGAAUGUUAACUAUUUCUAAAUCAAACAUUGAGUAUACACAAUUCUUAUUUGAGAUUAAGUUGUUUCUAUUGAAAAUACAUUGCAGAUUGCUUCUUAAUUAUGUUUUUUAAUAGUAGACACAAUGUCAUUCAGAGGAGCAUUCUUGUCUGUGAUGUUUAGUGGAAAUUCAAAAUUUUAAAUGUUGAAAACAAUUUGGUAGAAAUGCAUUUUAUAUUUAACUAAAUGUUUGUGGUAUUAUUUCAUUGUCCCAUUACAGUUUUGUUGUUUUGAAUUUAGAGGCAAUAUUGUUAGACUCUUUAAAGAUGAGUUU